GCGAUCUCGGAUGUGACCAUUUUUCAUGUUUUUGCAAGAGGUUGAGAAUUUUUGGUUUGAAAAACGUCCUUAGUUCAUGAAGUGUUGUGUUUCUUGAUAACUAUCUUUGAGAGACUGUAGUUUCUUGUAAAAAGAAGACAAUGACUGACACAUCAACAAAUCCUGCUUACGCAGUGUGUGUACCUGGGGCCAAUGAUCCCGAGUAUCUUCUGGUGGCCAAAAAAUUCAUUUCCUACUUCUACAGCAUACAAGAUGCCUUCGAUCGUCGCGACGAAACCAAGAACAACCCCGAAGUUCAAAAAAUGAAUUCAAUGGCAUUGGAUGCAUAUCGGGCCGUUUACAGGGAUAAUUCAGCAAAAACAUUUGAAGGUGUUGAAAUUUUGGGUAAAGCAACUAUUGGUGACCAUCUGGACAAAACAUUAACUUUCAAGACAAUAAAAUAUGCUUUGACGACUAUUGAUGCUCAGCCUGGACCACCUCCAUAUGUCAUUGCCUUGGUCACAGGACAACUGAAGACUGAUGAAGACCGACCGUUGCCGUUCUCAAAUUCGUUUCUUCUGGUGUGUAAUGAGGUGCGCCUGCCGGACGGCACAAAGCAGCACGAAAUAACAAUUCAGAAUGAAAUGUUUCGAUUAGGCGUUCAUAACUUUGCCGCCUAAGCGUCGGAUGAUUUGCGGAUAUUUUUACAUGACUUUGAUUCGUGCACGUGCUUGAUUCAGACUUGCAUUCAGUGCCCUAUCAAUGUUAGCGGGUCAAUUCAGAAACUUACUGGAGGAGAAAUUCUGAAUUUUGAUUCUGUCGUGGAGGGCAAUCAAGUGUGACCACUGUUAGCCUUUAUGGAAUGUGAACAGAGAUAUUAUUUGAACAACAAUAAAAUUGAAUGGAAUUUGCUACUGUGGUGUACAUGUAUAUUUAACCACGCUUUGUACAUGAUAUUUUAAAUGGUUGUGGUACCAAAUAUGACAACCCUUUUAUAGUUGGUGACCGACUUUGAGGAGAUUUUUGCAUGAUAUGGCCUAGACGAGCACAAUUGCAACUUGUUAAAUUGUCUCAGAUUGUUAUUCUUUCAACUUAUGUGGAUUAAAAUUACAGUAAAACUUUCAUAAUCAACUCACCUUGACAAGCAUAUUUUGUCCAUACAAAAUCUGUUGUACUCACCACCAACAAACUAGAGUAGAAUGUUGAAAGCUGGACUGCAUUCUUGGAAGACCUGUCCCUUAUACAUGUAUGCAAGUAUUUGGUUUAUAAGGUUUGAUGUUGACACGUGAUGUUGUCUCAACUUCAAUUUCUUUCCAGCUUCAAUUUCUUUGGUGUCUUAAAUAGCUUUAUAUGCCAACCUUUUUGUUCCAUUUUACUUGGAAGACGCACUCUAUGAAGAUCACUCGGAGUCCACUAUGAGCUUUAACUAUGGGAAACUGGAGAUUUUACAAAUGUAUAGCACUUGUUAAAAGUUUUUGGUGGCUUUUUAACUGAUAUUAGUAAUAAGAGGCAGUGCAACCUCAAUUGGUGGACACCUCUCUAAAGGACACCCUCUCUAUUUAAAGGACAAUACAUGUGCAUGUACUUGUCAGUCCCAGGGGUGUCCUUGAGGUUCUACUGUAUCCAUUGGCAUUGUUUCAAAUCUAGACAUGAUAAUUCUUACUAUAACUCCUUUCAUGUAAAGACCUACAUGUACAUGUAUUUUGUCAUUUCAAAUCCUUUCAAGGUGCUUGCUUGUGUUCAACGAAUUUCGUGUUCAACUGUUGGCCAGUAGUUGUUCAGUCAUUGCAAUGAAAUGUUGGUGAUGUAACAAGUAUGUACAUGUAAGGCUACAGAAGGUAUGCAUCGAAUUCGUAAGUUAUAUAGAAAAUCUGAGCUUCUGUAAAUUGUAUAUCCACCAAUGGUAACUUUGUGAAUAAACAGUAUGAAUGCAUCUGAACAUUAACCCUAUUGUUUGAUACAUGUAGGUACUGGUUGUGUCUGUAGAAGGGUGUAUCUAGAAGUCGUUUGCCUUUAUAUGAGCUUCAAUUGCAGAGCUAAGACUUCAGCACUCAUGGUCAUUAGUGUGGUUAGACUUCACAGCUUCUUGGUUGACAGAGACUCGGAGUCUGCCUGCAGGCACAACUGAUAAUUCUAAAAUUGUCAUUGUUUUGCACCAUGUUUAUAUUUCACAGACAUAAUGUGUUCAUGCUUCAAUGAAACUGUUCUUUGUGUCUGUGGUUCAUUUUGGAAUGAUUGUUAAAAUUCUUGAUCCCUGCUUGGUCGAGUUUGCACAGUAACGGUUGCAUUGUGUUUCGCUUGAAUACAUUGUAUGUAAAUCUAUGGAAUUUAUAGACCUGGCCCCAGUUGACAAAAAUCUAAAUUAGUUGUCUUUCUAGUCACCAGGGGUGGUAAAAGGCCUGACUGUGCGCUUCCUAGAUUAGGUCAUUACCUCGACAGCCUGCUGACCAUCAUGAUCAGUGUGUCUACAUAUGCACAGACGAACAUGUAGCAAUAUCACUGUGGUAUAAUAGAAACACGAAAAAUGAUCUUGUUCGUAUUGGUCACCCUAUAAACAGCAUCCAUUAGUGUCCACCAGGUUUGAAGUCAUCAAAUUUCAAUUUUGUCUGGUGGAUGCUUUAUAAGGAUCAACCCAUCAUAUCUCAUCAUAUCUUUGUUGCUUCUCCACAGUGAAUUCAUGUGAUCUUGCUGUUCGCCUCAGCUAGGGCUACCCUGGUGAGUAGAUGGAGAACUAACUGAUGUGAGUCUUAUGUAUAUUGAAAAAGGAGUUUAGGCACUGUCAAAGUCUUGGUCUAGAAAACCAUUCGCUGACAUGACUUGUUUGAUGUAUACACCAUUACCUGGCCUGCUUUUGACACCUUAGUUUAUAGGUUGUUGCAAUUACCAACUUUGAAUAAAACUCUAGUUUUUCAUAAU